CAAACUGAACAUGAAAGCUGCCUCCGCGAGAACCCCUUUGAAGAAUCAGCGAUACAGAUAUAGGGAUAUCCAGAACACUGAUAUGCACCGUCUGUUGCACUCCCGACGCCAGGCAGUAUCAAGCACCUCCACUGCAAGUCACUGCUCUGCUCGAUAUACAGAUUGGGAAACUAUGGACUUGAGCGAGCAGCUGGAGUACUUCCAGUUUUUACCUUCCCACUCGGCGUCCGUCUCCUCUGACAUCUUUGCCAGCACAGGCUUCACACCACCAUCCCCAUCCGCAGCGUCAUGUGUCUCUUUCGAACCCUUACUUAAUCAGUCUUCCCACACUGGCGAGCCUAGCUCUUCAUACCGAACAGUAUGCGAUGCGUGCAAAAAGAGCUUCACGUCCGACGCAACCUACGCGUCGCAUCUUCGGACAGCACGGCAUCUAACAAAUGUGAAAGAGGGCCUUAGAAAGAAGGAGGGUGGGAGCGGGAGCGGGAACGGAAAGAAAGGAAAGGGCGUUGGGCCGGGGAACGCGAAUUCGAGCGAAGUCGCUGAGACGCUCCGAAAGGUCGCCGCAGCGGAUGAGCUUGUAUCCACAGACCCGUCCAUAGCUGCUACCGUCUAUUGGGCUACCGCAAAUGCGUUAUGGACGUUAGGAAGCACGCGCUCAACAGCCGAGACGCUGUUGAAACUCUUCUCCGUGCUUGUAUCACUGGAGAAUGAGACAGGAAACGUGCUUGGGGUGAGGUGGACGCUACCGGGAGUCGGUUUGAAGCCAGCGCAGAUCACUGAAACCCUGUUCCGGGCGAGUAUCGCUCUCGCGAGGUUGCUGACGACCUACGACUGCGACCAGGCGCUGGACUGGUAUGUCGCUGCUUUGGACGCUAGGUAUCGAAUCGGGGUUGGUGCAGCUCUCGGGAAAGUCAGACAGGGAGUCCCAUUCGAUGCACUUCUCGCUGCGAUGGACAGAAGUCUUCAAGCGAACAUUCUCCCCACUUUAUCCAAACGGAAGAAAGAAACGGCCGCGCCAGCCAAGCCGCAAGACGCGAUGAAAGAAGCAGUCGCCGUGCGCAAAAUGCAAUCAUUCGUUGUGGAGGCCAUGGCAUUCGCUGUCAAUAUCGAGGAGUUUGAGGAAGCUUGCUACUUAGCGGCGCUUGCAGUUGUUGUUGCUGGGCAUGAGAAAAGUUGGGAGCAGGACAUAGACCUGACAACCCAACUAGCAAAUAUCUUCAUCGCACUCGGCCGCCCGUGGUCAGCCUGUGAUGCCCUUGAAGCCUCCGCCAACACAUUACGGACAAUCACACCGUCGGAGGCACACGCUGAAAACAGUCUGAUAACGCCGUUGGAUAGAGCAAACAAAGAGAUUGCGUUCGUUUUCGACACGUUAGUAUUGGCGGUGUUAAUUGAUGAUCGCGUCCGCAUGCUGCGCCUUGAAGACCGCCUUCGCCUCAUUGCUGCAGAGAAUAGUUCGCUCAACCUUCCCGAGAUCGAGUUUCUGCUCACCCUCUCCACAUCCCUCCGAACCCUCAACCACACCCACCUCUCCGAGAGCGCCGAAGAGGCCUACCACCGCGUUCUACUCGACUGGAAAACGGCUUCGGAGAAUCCGCAGUCGAGCGGUGUGAAGCUUACGAGUGAAGCGAGAAUGGCGAACCUAGAGCUGCUUUGGAAUCACGUAACUGAGAGAAGCGAUGUUCAUGUGAACUGACGUGGUGAUGAGUCUACGACGUAUGUAGAUUUGUGACGGAACCGAUAGAGAUAGCUCUGUGUACUUUGUAAUAAUCCGGCUUGGCAGCGUGCUGGAGCUUCAGCGACAUAACCCAACCCUGUUCAAGGAAAACCUCCUGGGGAAGUGUCGUCCUGACGUAUGCCGUUGGGACGACACUUCUGAAGGGUGUUUUCGGAGCAGGACGAUAGAUAACCCUGACCAUGUCGAGUGUUUGGCGUUCCUGAUCCUCUACGUCGACGAUCUGAUACUUAUGAG